AUGGAGGAAGAAGCAAGGGGUCAAGAUGCACUUUUGCAAACGGAAGAGAGCAGCUUACAACCCGUCACAAAUAAGUUUCGGAAACGUGGUCCUACACCUCAGGCGAACAUUACCGAAAAGCCACUUGUGGCGAUGAUAACAGACAUAAAUAUGGUUGAAAAUGUUGAUGGAUGGUGGGCUGAUUCUGGUGCAAACCGUCAUGUCUGCUAUGACAAAGAUUGGUUCAAAGUGUAUACUCCAUUUGAGGAGCCCAAAACCAUCAUGCUUGGUGAUUCUCACACUACUCAAGUGCUUGGAAAGGGAGAUGUCGAGUUGAGCUUUACCUCAGGAAGGGUGUUAACUCUAAAAGAUGUACUUUUUACUCCUUCUAUGAGAAAAAAUUUGAUGUCUAGUUUUCUUCUUAACAAAGCAGGCUUCAAACAAAUUAUUGAGUCUGAUGAAUAUGUAAUAGUGAAAAAGGAAACUAACUAUAACACCACCAACGACGGAGUAGCAGUAACCACUAGCCAUCGUCGAAGUUCUGUUCUCAAGCGAACUCCAAAACCACCGACGAAGUUCGAUGAGCAGCAACAUAAUUUCUCCCUUUGUUCAUCUCUAUCUCUCCCUCGACGAGAUCAAGCCGGAGUUCCGGCGAAAACCACCAGCUACACCAACUCACUCACCACCACCACCAGAUCUGAGUGA